AACGAUGUAAAUACCAAGAGAAUACAUCCACUCAACGACGUGGGACAUUCCAUAAGCCUCUAAUUUUAUGUAUGUUAUAUGAUAUUUUGCAUGUUUUCGUUGUUAAUACCUUCUUUGUUAACUACAUGGAAUGAGGGGUACGCCAAGUACAGUCGUGGCCUCGGCGGCGGCGUGUAUUCCCCAUCCAGAGGCCUAUCAGCAGAAGAUGAGCUGGGGUAGCAUAAAGAAAGAGUUCGGGGUACCUCUUGAUACUGGACGUAAGAAACUAUCACGUGGUUCUGCUUCUCGUCAUGUACAGGGUUCCAAGGAGUCGAGUACGACGCGUGGUAAGAGUGCGGAACAGGGUAGGAAAUCGGCUAGACUGGAAGAUGAAAUGAACAACGAACACCUAAGAAAACUACAACAAAUUUUCGAGGAAGCUGAUGAAGACCAGGGAGGUGGCCUGGACAUCGAUGAGUUCCGGCAAGCAAUGCGCAAAAUAAUGGGCGAAGGAAUGGUUGAUGAUCACGAGUUAGCAAUCGUCUUUAUGAAAGUUGACGCAAACUGUGAUGGCACGGUUGACUGGGAUGAGUAUUUAUCGUACAUGCUAUUUGAAUACCAAGAGCGCGACUUGAUGAGCAAUCUUUUUAAAGAUAUUCCAUUCCCUAGACCAUUGAGAGAAAUCGCAAGCAAUCAUCGUGACACUAUUACGAAAGUAGCCUUUUAUCAGACGAUCAGUCACCGCCAUGGCGCCAUCAAAGAGGAAGAACACGGCGGACGCUACAUCUCAGUCAGCAAAGAGGGUGUCGUCAACUUCUGGACAACAGAAAUGCACCAUAUUCGCUCGGCAACGAUCGAACAGCCGCGAGAGAAGACCAAGCCCAUGUGGCUGACAGACUUGGUCUGUAUGUCGAAUAUUAACAUGAUUUCAAUUUCAUCGACGGAAAGAGACAUAAGUUUCUAUGAUGUAAACGCCAGCAAAUUCGAUAAAUGUUUCCAAGUAUCAGGUUUGGAGUAUCCGGCACUUGCUAUGGAUUAUUGGUUCGACAAGGCGGACAUGAACAAUGCUAUACUUACGUUCGGAGACUCUGGAGGUGGUGUAUCGGCCAUUAUUUUCACUGAAGCGCUGGGGUCAGCCUUGUUUGGUCAACAGAACGCCAAAUCAGUUGGAUCGCGCCGUGUACCGUUCCCUGAACUUCUGAGAGGAACCGUAAAAGGCGUAAAGGCCGUUCGAUUUUCCCCUCUGCAUGAUGACUGGGUCCGUAAAGUUAAGUAUUGUGACAACCUACACUCAUUCGUUUCGUGCGCCACGACAAACGACACUUCAUUAUACAUCGGAGACCUCGAAGGCAAGAAAAGUGGAUCGUUCUUUAAACUUAGAAAAGGUGUACUUUGCUUUGACUAUUGUAAGGACAACAAUAUCAUUGUAACGGGAGGAAUGGACCGCGCGGUACGUAUAUGGAAUCCGUAUGUGACCACGAAAGCCACUGGAAUGAUGAAAGGCCAUACAUCAGCCGUGAUCAACGUGGUCGUGAACGGACCACACUUCCAGAUUAUCAGCGUAGGAAAAGACAAGGGAAUCAAAGUUUGGGACAUGCGCGAUCAAACGUGUGUUCAAAAUAUCAAUCCGCGAAUCAUGAACCUCGGCCCCCACCUAAUCAACACUGUGUGCUUCCACGCUAAGACAGGAUCACUCAUUCUCGGGACAAAUCAGCUAGCAAUUCUGGAACACAAGUGGGAAGUCGAGGGCGAGGAAGACGAAGUCACAUCCCAUAACAAACCAGUCACCGAGGCGAUAUAUAAUAGUCUCUUCAACCAAGUCGUUAGCUCGUGCCACGAUUCAGUGGUUAGCGUAUGGGACAUCAUGACCGGACUGAAGACUAUCCAGUUCGCAAAUGCGCACAAGUACAUCGAAAAGGGUGUCGAAAAGUGCGCAGAAAUCACGGCUAUGACGUUUGAUCCAACUGGACGCCGAUUGGUGACUGGUGGCAGGAACGGAACAGUUAAGAUCUGGAAUUUUAAUAACGGCGCUUGCUUGCGAGAACUUGAAGUAUUUGACUCGUUUGAGGUGACUGGUAUAGUCGUUCCACGCCAAAGAAUCGUCACCGCAGGGUGGAACCGAAGAAUAACAACAUACAUUGAUUAUGACGAUGAUGACGAUUCCAGGCAAUGGGAAGUAAAACAUAAAGAGGAUAUCUUGUCUCUCGCUUAUUAUGAUCCAAGCAUCCUAGCAACGUCUUCUUACGACGGGGACAUCUAUAUUUGGUCGUUGGAAACAGCACAUGCGCUCUGCAAACUCAACGCCAACGAGAGCGCCAAUGCGCAGUCUGUGGGUCAUACAGCAACUUCCGCUUUAAUGGAUCGCCAAGAAUCGAAGCAAAGUUUUGCGAAGAAUGAGGGCAGCAUAACGAAACUUGACAAACAGUUAUCAAACAUGACAUUAUCACAAUAUAAAGAAGGGUACGGCUGUAACAAAUCAGAUGACGACGAUGACGGUCAGUCCCUACGUCUGAAGAGCACCCAGGAGUCGGCUACAGCAGACGAUUUGGACAGCUUAACGACUGCAAGACAAUACAGUGCUUCGUCUCUUCCCGCUAUAAAUACAAAGAGCAGAAAUAGCGUUAUCGAUCAAACUUACAGCACUGCCGACAGCACCUCCAGGCCAGAUAGCAGAGCAUUCGUUACAGACGAUGUAGACGACAGCAAUUCCGAUGGAUCGCUGGAAGAGGAAGGGCUUGCCCUUAAGAAUAUGGAGGGAAAAUCGGCAGAGUUUUAUAUUGACGCCGAUAACUACGACGAGUACAGCCGUAAACACGAGGCAUCAGUUGACAAGGUUCUGUUUUUACAAACCCGUCCAAAUGACAAGGACACCGCCACACUAAUGGCCAGUGGAGCCGAAGGCUGGGUUCGUGCUUGGUCAAUUCACCACAAAGGAGGGCUACUCGGGCAGUUUACUGCAUCACACAAACCAAAUGAAGCCGUUGUUGCUAUGACAACAGACAGUAAAAAUGAAUUCCUUAUUACAGGGGACACAUUAGGAUAUAUUAAGGUUUGGGAUAUAACGGAAUACUGCAUUAAACCAAGACUACGACGCAAAGCAUCGGCCGCCUACGACUCUAUGAUGCGACGAGGGAGAUUCCCUUAUACAAAGCAAAGUGCUACUAUGAAAGCCCUUACAAAGAAGCUAGACGAGAAAAUCCUAUCAGGCUUCAGACCUCCACCGUCGACUACGAACGCGGAGAAAACCCUUAAAUGGCCACCGAAGCUGAACUCAUUCCGGGCGCAUUUGGCCAGCAUCACCAGUAUAUCAUACGCAGAAGAUAAGGGCCUUCUUAUUUCUUGUAGCACGGACUGUUCCGUGCGACUUUGGACGAUAUGUGGAAGAUACAUAGGUACGUUUGGACAGGAAGGUGGCUGGCCAAAGUUGGUUGAGCCGAUUGAACCGGAGGAUAUGACUCGUCGAAUGCCACGAGAUGUCCAGCGUGUUGCGUCCGCCCUUACAUUAAAGGUUCUAAAUGGUGGUACUCGACCAAGAUGGCGGUUGGCGAAAAACAUUAUGAUGAUCAUCUCUCGAAAUCAAAAGGCAGACCAAAUUAAAUUCGACAGUUCAUUCGAUCCAGGGCAGCUAGAUGGUCAAGAGGAAGAGGAGUGCAAGAAAGCAGCACGCGGUAUCAGCUCGAUCCUUGGCAAAUCAUACAAACCAAAAACCCGUCACAAAAUCCCGCCAACACUUCCAGAUAUAAAGCACAAUCAAAGCCAGGUGGUUGUUUACUCAUCACUACCAUUUACUAACUUGGCUCCAAUCAAAGAAAUCACUAUGCCUGCUACUCUACAAGAGAUGCACCUUCGCCAGCAACAGUCUUCCGCCGACGCUGCUGAAAACAACACAAGCGGGGGGAAGGGGACCGGCAAACGGUACCGCAUACAGGAGUUCCUGAACAAACAACGCGCGGUUAAGGCGUUAUCGCGCGGUAAACACUCGGUACAUUUUGCAAGUAAAAAAUGAUUAGUUUAAUCACCUAAAUGCAAUUGUAUAAAUAUUAUUUUUUAUAUUUUAAUAUCAAAAGUGCAAUUCGUUUUUCGUUUAUUGGAUAUUCUUUUCCAGUAUUAUGUGCAAAUGAUUAACUAAAUUAAAUUGUGAGAAUAAUAAAGCUUAUGGUGAUGUAGAUAGCAUGAGUAUUUUCGUAUUUUAUGCAUCCUGUGUGUAAUCAGGGAACAGUGAAAUUAGUGUAAUUUCACUGUUCCCUGGUGUAAUGUAUGACAUCUCUUCCGUAUCAACUUGACCUAUGAUCCUCUUCUGUUAAUGGAACUCUCUAAUACUUUUAUUGAGUCCGAUUCCUGUGGAUAAUUAAAUUAUUAGAUAAAAUCAUGAUAAUACUAAUAAAAUACUAAUGAAAUUAACAUGAACAAUAACAAUAGGCCUAAUAGCUAUUAUGACAACAAUAACGGUAAUGGCAGGCCUA